AUGAGCAGCAAGGACUACUUUUCCCAGAACGGGGGCUUUUCCGCCGGCGAGGGAUCCUCACGAUCAAUCGAACGGCAGUCGCCCAUCCCUGAUGAUGAACGACCACCGAGCCAGGUCCCCGGAUAUAUGAUUGUUGGAUCAGGUCCUGCCUCCGGGAACGCGACGUCGUUGAUGUCGACCUUGCACCAGGACUCCGGAUACGGUGGAAGCGUUAUUGAUGGCAGCUCGGACAUUGGCUCGGAGUCCUGGCAGGCCGGCUUGAUGGAGGACCGCCCUACGCCAUCACAUACACCCGUUGGACCAGGCUACAUGAGCCAUGCAGCGCAACACGAAAGACAAGUUAUUGCGAACCAUGUCCAUCAACUCGUAUAUAACUCCAACCGAACGAAACUCGGUCGAUCCGUUACCAGGGCUAUCGAACUGCUGAAGGAGCUCCAGGAAAUGAACCGCCAGUGGCCGGCGCAUUACCCCUCUAUUCAGAACACAGACGCACCGCCACAGAACAGGCAUAUUCUUUCGCGAACACGGUCGUACGAAGAAAGCAGAGAAGAGGGAACUGAUGCUGAUCCACGACCCGGCGCAAUCAAACGUACCGCCACCUCCAUCAGCCAGGCUGCUGAGUCGAGCAGGGACGCAGAUACCAGGGUACAGGCUGAACCAAGGCUCGUAACACCACAGAUUGCGCGGGAAUUCUCCAUCUUGAAGCUGGAUUUGAAACUGGGCGCUUUAUCGCCCGCUGAGCUUGUUCAUUCCUUGGAAAAGAAUUCGAUAGCCUCUCUCCUUGAUGGGAAAGUCAGCCAGAGCAUAAAGCACUUACUAGCCUUGCGAGGGAGAAUAGAGGAUACGUCCAGCAAAGUUCUCAUCACCGGUGACCUUAAUGCAGGAAAAUCGACUUUCUGCAAUGCUCUGUUACGUCGAAAGAUUCUUCCUGAAGAUCAGCAGCCCUGCACUAGCAUUUUCUGUGAGGUACUUGAUUCCAGGGAGAAUGGAGGAGUGGAGGAGGUACAUGCCAUUCCAAAGGACAAGCAGUAUAACCGAAACGACGAGAGCACCUAUGAUGUGUACUCUCUCACCGAUCUCGAGUCCAUCGUUGUGGAUAACAGCAAAUACAUGCAGUGCAAGGUGUACGUCAAAGAUGUCCGGACAAUUGACGAAUCUUUGCUCAACAACGGAGUCGUCGAUAUUGCCUUGAUCGAUGCUCCGGGUCUCAAUUCUGAUUCGGUCAAAACUACCGCGGUCUUCGCUCGACAGGAAGAAAUUGAUGUUGUCGUAUUCGUUCUUUCAGCAGCGAAUCAUUUCACCCUCUCGUCGAGUGAGUUCAUCAGGAACGCUGCUCACGAAAAGGCCUAUAUUUUCAUCGUCGUCAACGGGUUUGAUAAUAUCAGAGACACCGCUCGAUGCCAGAAGACUAUUCUGAAUCAAGUGGCUGCCCUUAGCCCGCACACCUACAAGGAAUCCGCGGAACUUGUGCACUUCGUUUCCAGCAAUGCCAUCCCUGUUGCGCCUAUCGGUGGAGGUGGAGGAGAUGGAGGAGAUGAUGAUGAUAUUGACGACGACUCGAAGGGCAAAGGCAAAGGAAAAGAAAAGGCAAAGGAGAAGCUUCGGGACUUUGAGAACCUGGAAGGUGCUUUACGGCGGUUUGUCUUGGAAAAGCGAUCUCGGUCCAAGCUUGCUCCAGCCAGAACAUACCUGCUCAAUAUACUCUCCGAUCUCAACGUGCUUGCGUCAGUCAAUCGCGAUGUCGCCUCGUCUGAACUCGAGCGCGUGUCUGCAGAGCUCAGUAAACUUAAACCUGCUUUCGAGAAGAGCAAAACACAACGAUCAGAGAUCUCCGAACAGCUGGAGCGCUCUAUUACUGAAUCAUCCAAUGACGUAUACAACUAUACCCGUACAUCUCUUGCAGAAAAGAUAUCGACAGUUGCGCAGUCGGAUCUGGGCGUAGAUUAUCCAGGCUUGUUUUCGGUCUUCCAGUAUGCAGAGGAUGUCAAAUUGGCAAUGCUUGACCAAAUCACUGCCUGCGUUUAUAAGUGUGAGGACUAUUCCCGCAAGAGAUGCGUGGAGGGUGUCAACAUGAUUCAGAGCCUUGGGUUACUUCAUGUGGGCGAAAAUAAGUUCCCCAAUCUGAACUUCCGCUCCGAAAUUAUGUUCAGACAGCACCGUCACGAACUAGCACGACAAAUACAUACGGAACUUGAUAUGUGGGAUUUCAUUGAUCUCCCUGGUUUCUGGGAACGACAGGAGAAGGUCGCUGGCACUGGCAUGGCUAUGACUGUUCUAGGUGUACUUGGAGGCAGGGCGCUGGGUGGAAUUGGCUGGCUUGAUGGUGUAAUGGGAGCCGCCCGAAUACUCGGUCCAAACACUAUGCGCAAGCUCUUAGUUCCUGGCCUUUUGGGAGCAACAAUCCUGGCCGGUGCAUACGUUUUGUCGCAAGUUCCAACCUCUCUGCCAUCGAGUUUGUCUCGUAAGAUAGCUGUGACACUCGCAGAGAUGGACUAUAUCCAUUCCAACGCUACCCGUAUAUCAGGAGAAGUCGGACGAGUACUUCGUGUUCCUGCUACUAGAUUGCAGUCAACACUACAAAUAGCCACCGAAGAGCUUUUUAGGAGAAAGGAAGAGGUCGAGAAAAUCAAGGCAGAAAGUGAAGUUGCACGGAAAUACUUCUCCAACCUCUUCCGUGAGAGCACUGAACAUAGGAGAACUGUGGAACAAAUUGAUCUUGAUGCACAGGCUCCUCUAGCUGCCGCGUAA